CACUCUGAUCGCAUACCUCUUGUCGACCCCCAAAUAUGGGUGGUGUCUCCCGAAAGGCACGUACAGUAAUGGUUUAGUGAACGUGUCAGCGAUGUUAUCUUCGGUCCCGACCGUCUUCACUGUGAUGUCUCCUUUUUGUACUCUAUCUUGGACAUGUUUCUCCUUUAUGUCCACCGUCUUGCUGUUGCUGGGGUUGCUUCCUGUUCCAUUGACGGACAAAACAACGCCCCUGUUGUCUUCGAGUAUGGUGGGCACCUCUAUUGUAUCUAGGCUCAAGUCCUUGCAGAGUGCCUUCAACCAUAACACGUCGUUCCACGCUAUUGGUGUUCCAUUAGUGUAGAUGAUGUAGCCUGUUCUGGACUUUCGCCCUUCCUCGUUUGCGAACGAUGCAUCGCUGAAUGCAUAAAGUUUGAUCUUGUUCUCUGGAUAAUUGCUCUUGAGUACUUCGAUGCCGACAUCCUUC